AUGUCCACCCAGGCCGCACGAAGCAUCCUCUUUACGCACACCAACCCUCAACAGGGUUUCAGAUUGCUCGAACUCCCAUCGGAAGUGGUAGAGCUGCUUUCAUCCAAGGAGCCUCCUACUCUCCAAUUGAAAUCCCCCUCAAUGUCCCAAUCCCAAUCAACCACCGACCCUACAGCCCCCGAAUAUGUAAACCUCUGCACCCCGACCCAAACCUUCCGAAUCCGCCAAGUCCACUCCUCCAAUUCCAUCCAUAUGAUCCGUCCCAGCGAGGGGGCAAUCCAGAAAGACGAUAUCAAGGUUGUUGGCGAAGAUGAAGAUAUGAACCUCGUGGAAACGGUGACCACCAUCGCAAAGUGCGGAUCAACACUGGAACUCCACACCCCACCGGAGGGGUUCUCCGCCAUCCCGUUCCUGGGGAAAGUCUUGAGGGUAUACGAUACUCUGAGCACCGAGGCGGACGAUGACGUGAUCAUGAACAACGAUAUCCAUGAACUCGCGGACCGGAAAAGGGUGAUCGAUGCCGUGUUUGACGAUGUUCCUGUUUCCCGGAAUCUAUGCGAAAAGGGUUGGGUGGAGCUGUGUGCGUUUGUGUUUGGUCAGGAUGGGAGUGGCUGUUGCUGGCGACCUUCGUCGAGAGUCAAGGUUGAUGUUUGGAAAAGGAUGGUGGAGGGGGCAGUUUUGCAGGGAAUCAACUUGGAGACACAGUUUCUGGCCAACGAUCUGUGGAAGUCGGUUCUUGAUGAUGCUGAAGAACCCUUUCCGCAGCCUUUGUUCGAGGCCAUUUUACGCCGGGUGUGUGAGUCUGAGGAUGACCAAACCCAGUUGUCGGUCGAUGAGAAUCUCAAAUGGGCGAGUAUCGACAAGACCAGCUGCACGCGAUGGGUAGGCGAGACAUAUCUGGAGGCUAUGGCACCUACAACAAAGUCUGCAAUUGGAAGGAGUGAAUUUCUGAAUGCCUGGAAGGAUCAUCUUCCUGAAUCUUGGAGGGAUGAGGUGGCCUUGUCCAAAUUACCGGAAAACUCAUAUCAACAUCCCGAUCCUGUAUCAAUUUGCUUCGUCAACGAAGUCGAUCGGGAAAAGGUUAAGAAGAACCUCUCGGCAGAUUCCAGCGCUGCCACAGCGGCCAAAAAGACAAGGAAUUGGCAUGAGCUAUUCAAAAACCAAAAACGACGCUGA